AUGGUUACUCUCUUCGAUGAUUUGCCUGAUCUAUCAUUGAUAGAAAUAUUUUCUUAUUUAUCUUGUGCAGAUGCUUUAUGGUGUUUCAAUAAUCUCAAUAUUCGUCUAACAAGAUUAUUAAUUGAACGAGGUUUUUAUAAUCAUGUUAAUUUAUCAUCUAUGCGCUAUCAUCGAUUCAAAAAAUUCUUAUCAUUACUUCGAUUCAAUGAAAUCGAGUCACUUAUCAUUGAUUGUUAUUCAUCCCCUCUUCAACUAAGAUGUUGGCCUUAUUUACCAAAUUUAAGAAUAUUAAAAGUAAAAGGUGUACGAGAUUUCAUUGAUGUUUUUAAUUUUGCACAACAACAUUCCACCACAUUAACUCACUUAGGAGUUGAAUCAAGCGAGUAUUUCGAAACAGUAAGUAUAGUUCGAAAUAAUCUUAUUUUAGCUGUAAUUUCAAUAGAAUGUAUGGAAAAGAGUAAAAGACUCUAGGCGAACAUUUUUUUUUAAUGCACUUGACAUGUACAGAUAUUAAGACUUGUUGAUAUCAUAUGAUUUUUUUUUGCUCAAGAAGUUUAUGAACAUGAGAAAAAAGUUCGACUAGAAUAAGCAUAAAAUUUUUGUAUUUAUGAUUGCUUGAUAGUUCUUAUCCAUUUAUUCACGUAUAAAACGAUGGUUGAAGACAAUAUUAUCAUAUUCUAUGCAAGAAUAUAUCUAAGAAAAGUAUUUGGAUCAAUUAUUUUUGAAAGAUCAAUGUUAAAUAAACAAAAAUAUCUCUUGAAAACCUUUUGUUUUUAACUAAAGAAUUUCUCUAUUAUCAACAAGUUUAGAUAAGUAAAGAAAAAAUUUCAACUUUUAAUUAGCAAUACAGAUAUGUAUCCUUGGAAAGAAUAAACUUUUCUCUAUAUUUUGAGGAUAUUGUUACUGUAGAAUUAUAUUUUUCAAAACGUAAUGAUAUAUUCUGAAAGCGCGUGGAGUUCUCUAUCAUCCUAUAUAUUUGCAUUUUUGUCUCG